GGGUAAACAGACCUCCAUCUCCUUUUCCCCUGUGAACUCCGCUAGGUGUUAGGUGGUGGGCAGAAUAUCAGAGUGGAGUCUCCCAAACGGUUGGGCCCCCCCAAGGAAUUGGGAACUUCCCUCGAGCCAGGUACAGCUUUGCCCUUAGAGAUGAAUGCCGUUGGAGGAAUGAGGGUGUCUGAAAGGAAAUCUCCCCUGAGCAUGAAGGGCGGACUCACCUACGAAGGAAAGGAUGAUUUAGGAGAGAGGAGGGGCUUCAUGGGAACAAAAUCUCCCACGGAGUUGGGGCUCAGAGUGGGAUUAAGAAAAGAAGAUUCCGCAUGGAAUGAGAGCCCCUUGGGUAGUAAUAAAUAUGAAGAGAGGAUGGCAUCCCGAGAAACAAAAUCUCCAUUGAGCAAAGGGCUUGAAAUGAGAUUCAAAAGACAGAAUAUUUCUAGAACCCUCACGGAGAAUAAUAAUUUAGAAGUCAACAGGGUCUCAGCCUCACAGGAAAGAAAACCUUCUCUGGGUACGUUGCCGGGAAGAGUGGGUUUAGAAAAUGAGCGUCUUCUGGCGGAUUGUUCUGGAAGGAUAACACGGUCUUCUUUGGGCAUGGUGUGUGAAGGUUCACAGGCUCUGGGGGGCAGGAGAGGUCCUGUGGCUGGUGCCUCUGAAGGGUUAGAGGCUUCAAUAUGGAAGCAGCCUGCUUUGGGUAUGGAACCUGGAGAGGAGCUGGAAAAAGAGUCGACCUGUGUGGUGAUGAAGCCCAGUGCAGAGAUGAAGCCUCCUGUGGAGGUGGACAUUGGGCUACCCCAAGCAGAGGAGCCAGAUGAAACUAAGAAUACAGAGCCCCAAAUGGGCUUGGUGAUAGAACCUUCUGACUGCCAGUUUGCCCAACAACCUGAAGAGAAAACGGAGGCUGAAAACACUGAACCAGGAGUAGAACCUCCAGAUCGCAUCAGACCCAUAUACUCUGGGAAAUUUUUUGAUCGGAUGCCUUGCUGGCCAAGUGCAGGGAAAGUUUUUCCUGUUGGAUACAGAGUUGCAGCCUGCUUGACUGAAAAACUUCCCAGGCUACUUACUCCACCUGAGGCAAAAAAAUUUUUCAACUUCAGAUAUCCACCUGCUGGAGCCGAAAGGGUGUUUUACGGCAGAGCGAAUGACCCUCAAAUUGCACCUUAUUUGACACAUGGAAUAAGAUCUGAAAUUUCAAUACCGGCAAAGGUGUUGCUAAACCCACAGCCUAUUACAGCAUUUCAACAGAAAAUUAAAGACAAAAAGGAAUCAGUAUAUUUUAGCCAUCAACGGGCACCAUUAGGAAAAUCUCAUGAUCAGACACCAGGAUUACCCAAAGGCCUGGAUAUACUCAAUACGACAUUUGGGACAGCAGUCGUCAGAGAGUUGUCUGCUAGAGACGUGGUGAAUCCUCCAAAACCCUUUGAAGAAGUGUUUAAAGAAGGAAAGGAAGGACAUGAUCUGUAUAUUGUUUCUCACAAUGAUUAUUAUGUGGGAGAAGCAAAGAACCGAAAGUAUAACCCUUCAAGUUUCCAUAGGUUUAACUUGUUUGGGGUUCCAACAUCACAUUCUAAUGAUGGACAAGCCAUGGCAAAAACUUUAUAUUGGCUCCAUGAACUACAAAUGAAAAGAGGAGCUAAGAUUGUAUCCAAGAGAGUUGAUGAUUUCAAAGAAAAGUUUCAACAUAAACUUGGAAGAGUUUUAGAUCCCAUUGCAGAAACUAUGAAUGUUCCCCCAGACCACACAUUUGGAGCUUGUCUCCGUCCUGAGGAGUAUGGAGCGGAUGAUCUCAUCUAUAACAGACUUCCGGGUGAAUACCUUCGAGGCAAGGAUAGACAGCGAAGCAUGGUUGCAGCAGUUCGGCAUCACUUGAAGAAAGUUAACUACCAAAACUUUGACACUUUGCUGGCAGCCUUCAGGCAUUAUGACAAGAAGGGAGAUGGGGUGAUAGAUAAAGCCGAGCUUCGGGAAGCUUGUGAAGAGGUCAACUUGCACUUAGAUGAGAAGCUCCUGGACCAGCUAUUUGACUACUGUGAUGUGGAUAAUGAUGGACUGAUUAACUACCUAGAAUUUGCAAAUUUUCUUAACUGGAAAGAUAAAGUGCCUCUUAAAGAAUAUGAAAAGAGGGUUAUUAUUAAAGAUAGAAAACCAGAUUGUGCAAACCCUGCUGAAGCUAAUGUUGAUGAAUCUGAACCAACUCUCCUGAUAAAGCCUGAAGAUACUGUCUUAAAAGAACCAGGGAGCUCAGAAAACACUCUCCGGACACUUCUGAGGCCAAGUGAUAAAGUUUCUAAUCACUAUAAGACAACUUCUUCUGAGAUCUGUGCAGUUGUAGGAGCCGUUCCUUCUACUUGUUAUCCCAUCUAUGGUGUUCCAACCAUUCGAUCUGAUCUUCCUGCCCCCCGAAUUCGUCGCGUCAGUGAUAGAACUAAUUAUGGCGAAGAGGGCAAUGCCUAUUCUCUACUACAUCCUAGCAUCUUUGCCCAGAAAGGAGUGUUUGAAAGAGACUUCUUCAAGACCAGAUCAAAAAAAGAGAUUGCAGAGAUUUUAUGUAACAUUGGUGUCAAACUUUCCGAUGAAGAAUUUGAGCAUGUUUGGAAUCUUGCAUCAAAAAAACAUCACAGAGGAGAAGUCUGUGUCGAGAACAUCAGAAAUGUUCUAGAUGAGCUACAGCACGCAGACCGGAUCAAGUGUAAAACAACCAUGUGAUAUUUUGAGAGUUCAUUCAUUUAAACAAAAGAAUUGUUAAAACUAUGUUCAUCUGAAAAAUGUUCAGUCCAUUCUGGUUUUAAAUAUUCUGUUACAAUUCAGCAGUCACUGUGGUGGGACUCAUAUACCUGUAUGUGUUGCUAAUAAAUUAGAUUUUGGAUUUUAAAA